GUCACGCUGAGUAUAAGUCGGCUUUUACAUUGUUUUUCAAUCCACAUUGUUUUAUAUCCACGAAGAUAUGUUCACUCGAAAUAACUAAUAUUUAUAAAAUGGAUUAUGAAAGCUCAUUGCCUGAGCUCGGUGACCUAAUGGCGCUGAGCUGUAAUGAGAGGCUUGAGCUGCUGGAGUCACUUUUAAGUGAGCCAGACGGCGACAAGAAAUUGAAUCAAAGCCUCAAUUUGGAAGACAAUUUCAAGGGUCAUCAGUUUUCCAUGGAUGCAUUAUUGGAUACAUUUAUCUUGCUCUACGAUGAGUGCAGUAAUUCAUCCUUGCGUCGCGAGAAAAGUGUAUCCGACUUUCUUAAGCUUGCAAAGCCUUUCGUGCACAUUGUAAGGAAGCUGCGGCUAACGCGUGAGGAUUUCGAAAUAUUGAAAAUAAUUGGUCGUGGCGCCUUUGGUGAAGUUUGCGUGGUACGCAUGCUUUCAUCCGAGAAUAUUUUCGCCAUGAAAAUAUUGAACAAGUGGGAAAUGCUGAAGCGUGCAGAGACGGCUUGUUUUCGUGAAGAAAGAGAUGUGUUAGUGCUUGGCGAUCGCCAGUGGAUUACAAAUUUGCAUUAUGCGUUUCAGGAUAAUAUCAAUUUGUACCUGGUUAUGGACUAUUACUGCGGCGGCGACUUGCUGACACUCUUGAGCAAAUUCGAAGAUAAACUGCCCGAAGACAUGGCCAAGUUUUACAUCACCGAAAUGAUAUUGGCCGUGAAUAGCAUUCAUCAACUGAAGUAUGUGCAUCGAGACAUCAAGCCAGACAAUGUGCUCUUGGAUAAAAGAGGACAUGUGCGUUUGGCUGACUUUGGUUCGUGCUUACGACUGGACAAAGACGGCACAGUCCAAUCGAAUGUCGCCGUGGGCACACCCGAUUACAUAUCCCCCGAAAUACUGCGUGCCAUGGAGGAUGGCAAGGGGCGUUAUGGCACCGAAUGCGAUUGGUGGUCACUUGGCGUGUGCAUGUAUGAAAUGCUGUAUGGCGAAACGCCAUUCUACGCGGAGAGCCUGGUUGAAACCUAUGGCAAGAUUAUGAAUCAUCAGAAUUGCUUUAAUCUGCCACCAGCUGAAAGUCAACAAAGCAAAUUAUCCGAUGCCUCGAAAGAUUUACUGUGUAAACUUAUAUGCAUACCAGAGCAACGACUGGGUCAGAAGGGUUUGCAUGACUUUAUGACGCAUCCGUGGUUUGAAGGCAUCGAUUGGAAGAAUAUACGUAAUGGCCUUGCACCUUAUAUCCCCGAAGUGUCCAGUCCAACGGACACAUCGAAUUUUGAUGUGGAUGACAAUGAUGUCAGGUUAACCGACACCAUCCCACCAUCGGCGAAUCCAGCAUUUUCCGGAUUUCAUUUGCCUUUUAUUGGCUUUACAUUCUCACAAAAUGGCUACUCGACAGACUCGCGGAAAUUUGAUCAAUCCAAAACAUCGGGUUUUGGCGAUACCCUUGAAAGUUCUAUGCUGUGCAGUGAACUAUCCAAAGAUUCCGAUAGCUCGAAUGAAUUGCUGAACAAACAAUUGAAAGCAUUAAACGAACAACUGUUGCAAUCGAAGCACGACAAAAGCGAUCUAACUGCGAAAUACAAUGAGGUUUUGGAACGUCUAAAAACACAAGAUGCUGAACUCAAAGAAGCAAUCUCACAGCGCAAUGGUGCAAUGAUGGAGUACUCGGAGGUGACCGAAAAAUUGACCGAGCUGCGCAACCAAAAACAGAAAUUGUCGCGACAAGUGCGCGAUAAAGAGGAGGAGCUCGAUGCGGCAAUACAGAAGAAUGAUAGCUUACGAAACGAAUUGCGCAAGUCGGAUAAAACACGUCGAGAGCUUGAAUUACAUAUUGAAGAUGCCGUCAACGAAGCAUCAAAGGAGAAGAAAAUUCGGGAGCAUGCCGAAGAAUGUUGCCGCAAGUUGCAGAGCGACUUUCGCAAGUCGGUGCCAAAUGUGGACACAACGGCACCAAUGGGUUCGGGCAUUGCAGGCUAUGAAAUCGAAAGAAUUGAAUUGCAAUAUGCUGAGAAAUUGAAUCAUCAACAGGCACGUCACAAUAUGGAACUGGAAGCGCUGCGAGAUCAGCUCCAUGAGAUGGAAACAGCGAACGCUAUGCUGUCGAAGGAGUUGCAGCAAACGCAUGAGAAAUUAAAGACUACGUCCAUUGAUUCAAUGGCGGAAUCAGCUGAAACGAUUUUGGAAUUCCAAAAGCGUUACGAUUUGGAAAAAUCAACAUGGGUUGAGGAGAAUCAACGAUUAAGUGCAGAGGUUAAUUUGAAAUCAAAGAAUCUGCGUGACUUGCAAACGGAGGAAGUGGAAAUACUGAAAGAGUUGCAAGUGAAACGCGAAGCCAUAAAUCAUUGGGAGCUGCAAAUGGCCGAGAUUAUUCAAUGGGUAUCCGACGAACGAGAUGCUCGCAGUUAUCUACAAGCGCUGGCCACCAAGAUGACAGAAGAAAUCGAAUACCUCAAACACGUCGGCACAUUUAAUAAUAACGCGGUUGAUCACAAGAAUUGGCGCAAUCGUCGAUCGCAAAAGCUUGAUAAAAUGGAACUGCUUAAUCUGCAAAGUGCGCUGCAACGCGAAAUCCAAGCUAAGGCAUUUAUAGCUGAAGAAUUAAGUCAAACGAGAGCUGAACUGAUUUCCACGCAAAAGGAAGCUUGUGAUUAUAAGAAGCGUUGUGAAUCGGUUGUAUACGAUUUGAAGAAAAAGGAAAAUGAGCUAAGGGAUUUGCAGAAGGCCGAUCUCGAUUAUUCGGAAUCAUUUUUGCAUAAAUCUUCGCAUCACAAUAACGCCUUCUUUAAGGAUAUCUCCAUUAACACAGAUGCCAUCGAUGCGACUGAAUCUUAUGUGAAUGAUGGCAGGGACAAUAUUUCGACGUCAUCGAACCUGUUUCAAUCAUCUAACGCGGGCAUGCUUUUCAAUUACGAAUCCAAAUACGCACUUAAGGCUACCAAGGAUAAUUUAAGUAGUAAGGCAUCUACAAAUAAUGACGACAUCCGAUCGGAAAGUAGCUUAAAUUACGAGGACACGAAGAAGAAACCUUCAGGCAAUACUUCCAUACAUCAAUUUUUGGUACGUACUUUCAGCAGUCCAACCAAGUGCAAUCACUGCACUUCGUUGAUGGUUGGCCUGACCAGACAGGGCGUCGUUUGUGAAAUUUGUGGCUUCGCCUGUCACACUGUCUGCUGCCAAAGAGUGCCGACCAUGUGCCCAGUUCCUAUGGAUCAAACAAAGCGACCGUUGGGCAUUGAUCCUACGCGAGGAAUUGGCACUGCAUACGAAGGCUACGUGAAGGUGCCCAAGUCGGGUGUUAUCAAACGAGGAUGGAUUCGUCAAUUUGUUGUCGUCUGCGACUUUAAACUAUUUCUGUAUGACAUCUCAACGGAUCGUUGCGCGUUACCAAGCGUCAGUGUCUCACAGGUCUUGGAUAUGCGAGAUCCCGAAUUCUCUGUUGGCAGCGUCCGCGAAAGUGAUGUAAUACAUGCAGCCAAAAAAGAUGUUCCAUGCAUUUUUAAGAUCAAAACAGCGCUCAUUGAAAGUGGAAUCUCAUUAAAUACGCUGAUGUUGGCGGAUAACGAAUCUGAAAAAUCCAAAUGGGUUAUUGCCUUGGGCGAACUACAUCGAAUAUUGAAACGAAAUAAUUUACCAAAUACGGCCAUUUAUAAAGUCAAUGAGAUCUUGGAUAACACAUUAUCCAUAAUACGUAACGCUCUAUGCUCGGUCAUCACAUAUCCCAAUCAAAUUCUGUUGGGAACAGAAGAUGGAUUAUUUUAUUUGAAUCUGGAUCAGUAUGAAAUUGCUCGAAUUGGUGAAACGAAGAAAAUCCUUCAAUUGUGGUAUAUUGAAGAGGAGCAGAUAAUUGUCAUUUUGUGUGGUAAACAACGUCAUUUGAGACUGCUUCCCAUAAGAGCAUUGGAGGCCAGUGAUGUUGAAUGGAUUAAAGUCGUAGAGUCUAAAAAUUGCAUUUCCGCGUGUACCGGCAUCAUUCGCCGUUACCCCAGCAUUGUUUAUUCAUUUAUCAUUGCUUUGAAGCGCCCCAAUAAUCAUACACAAAUUAUUGUUUACGAAAUUAAUCGAACACGUACAAGGCACCAGAAGACAUGCGAGUUCACAAUUGGUUAUUUAGCUCAACACGUUCAAAUACUAUCCGAUAUGCGCCUUGUGGUCGCUCACCAAAGCGGGUUUACAGCUUACUUCCUGCGGGGAGAAGCAACUGCAAUGUCUUUGGUUCACCCGGAGAAUCAGUUGUGCGCGUUUCUUAAUUAUUCUGGCGUUGAUGCAGUCAGAGUAAUUGAAAUAUUAAGUCCAACUGGUGGCACUUUUGGCGAAUACCUCUUAGUAUUUCAAACCCUCGCUAUAUAUGUGGAUCUACAAGGACGCAAAUCGCGUGACAGGGAAAUCAUGUAUCCAGCUUUCCCUACAUAUAUAACUUAUUCUGAUGGCCAUUUAUUGGUUUUCUCGGAGACUCAUUUGGAUAUCUUUAACACACAAACAUCUGAAUGGGUGCAAUCAAUUGGUAUCAAGCAGUCACUUCCACUGAACAACGUUGGCAACGUUGUCUUGACAUCUAUUAACGACACACCUUUGAUCGUUUACUUGGCUAAUAUUCAUACAAAGGGUCUUCUACAACAUCGCGAUAGUGACCGCAAGGGAGUCAGCAAUAUCAAACGUAGAUUCUCUAUCAGAGAAAUAAAUAAAACAGUAAAAAGUGAUCGGAGAUCAAAGAUGAUAUCAGCACCAUCAAACUUUAACCAUAUUUCGCAUAUGGGUCCUGGAGACGGUAUUCAAAAUCAACGUUUACUGGAUUUGCCAACAACUUUGGAGACAGCGGAGCACACUAAUAAGCAACUCAUAUCUUCAUUAAAUUCCGUUAACCAAUUGAGAAAAUCGAAUUUUCUGGAUCAAACUGAUGGUAACUCUGAGGAUUUUGGCAAUGACAAUAUACCCUCCAGGACUCCCAGCCCAAUGGGGGCGUUACUUUUUGACGAUCUUAACAAUAUAGAUUAACUUGUAAUACUCAUAUUUAUUCAACCCAUUUUCGAAUAAAAAUUUGUCAAAUUAUAA